AGUCAUUUCCAAAACUGUCAGUCAUUAAACUUUUUCGAUGGAAAAUCCAAAUUCAUAAUGUCUCGUACUUUGCUCAGUCGGAACCUACCUAAAACCCUAAACCUCUGUAUCCGACAUCGGAACGGAUCAAGCUGCUCAAGAGUUCCUUUCCUCAAGUUUAAUAAUGGCGAUACAUUCCCAAUGUUUGGCUUGGGAACUUGGAAAUCGAAGCCGAAAGAAGUAUACGAAGCUGUUAAGUACGCAAUAGAUAUCGGUUACCGCCACAUUGACUGCGCUCCUGCCUACGAAAACGAAUCGGAAAUCGGUGACGCUCUCAAAGAAAAAAUGGCAGACGGUACCGUCAAGCGCGACGAGCUCUACAUCACUAGUAAGUUGUGGAACACGAAACAUCGCCCCGAAGACGUGGAGAAAGCCCUGAAGAAUACUUUGAAGAUGCUCUGCCUCGAUUACCUCGAUCUCUAUCUGAUCCAUUGGCCUUUCGCGAUGAAGGAGGGCUACGAAUUGUUUCCCACCAAUCCAGACGGAAGCGUCGCUUAUAGCCACGUAGACUACCUCGACACUUGGAAAGCCAUGGAGGAGAUGCAGAAGAAAUGUCUCGCAAUGUCUAUCGGAAUAUCGAACUUCAAUAAGAGGCAGGUUGAACGUCUUUUGAAGAAGUGUAAAAUAAAACCGGUCACGAACCAAAUCGAAGUACACCCUUACCUGCACCAGAAAGAACUGAUCGAGUUCUUGUGGGCCCAUGAUAUAGCCGUAACAGCCUACAGUCCCUUUGGUUCUCCAGAUCGACCUUGGGCUAAACCCGACGAUCCAAAGGUGCUCGAUGACCCAGCGAUCAAGGCUAUCGCGAAGUGUUACGAUAAGACCACGGCUCAGGUAAUUCUCAGGUAUUUGAUCCAAAGGGGCCUCAUCACCAUUCCCAAGUCCGUUACAAAGUCAAGGAUCAAGGAGAAUUUCGAAAUUUGGGACUUUCGUCUGUCUAUAGAAGAUAUGAACAUCAUUAACCUCUUGAAUCGCAAUUGCAGGGUCUGCGAUUUUUCGUGGGCUGUCACUCACCAGGAUCAUCCUUUUGCUAGAGAUGAGUAUUGACUGGAUAUAUAUUUGAUGAUGAAUCUGGUUUGUCUGGUGUGAUCGUAUUUUGUGAAAUGAAAUAUAUUCUCUCAUGUGUAAUAAAUGCUGUAUGUAAAAUCUU